GUAGAUUAUUUUAUUAUUGAGAAUUGUUUGUAUUGUAUUAUAGAAAAUUGAUUGCAUGAAAAUUUAGCUUGAGGUCCAAGAACAAAAUGGUCGACACUGUAGCUAGUCUCAAUGAUUUAAAGUGACAUGAAUUACCAGAUGAAUAAGAUUCAAUAAACGUUUAAAUAAUACUAAUAAUAUCUAGAAUACAUUAUUGACAUUAUAGCUAUCGUAAUUUCUGGAAUUGCUAUAAAACAAUCAUGCUAAACGAUGUACCGAAAAGGAUACUAAAGAGCUCCGAAUCAACUGAGGCAGAUGUCCGCGAAGAUGAAGAACAAGCGAAGAAGUUUCAAGAAAUCAUCGAUUUACUUUUGGCUGCGGGGUAUUUCCGAGCCAGAAUCAAAGGUUUAUCGAAUUUCGAUAAGGUAAUCGGUGGGAUGACCUGGUGCAUAGAAUCCUGCAACUUUGAUGUAGAUAUUGACCUUCUGUUCCGUGAAAAUUUAACUAUAGGUCAAAAAAUUUCUCUGACUGAAAAAAUUGUUGCCAUGCUGCCCAAAAUGAAUUGUCCAUACCGAAUAGAGCCACAUCAAAUUCAAGGCUUGGACUGCAUACACAUUUUUCCUGUUAUUCAGUGGUUGGUUAAACGCUCGCUGGAAACCAGAGAAGAAAUGGCAGACUUCGUUCGAUCGUUUGCUCUCAAUCAAUUUCACAAAAAGCAUUCGUUUGUUGAAGAUGCUGGCACUGGAACAGUUGCACAAGAAAAUCUUAUAAAAAACAUUCAGCUGAUUAGAAAAUCAUACGAACCACGACGACUGUUCAAACACAAAAACGGUUCCAUCAAAGAUGAAUCCACCAGGUUUCUUGGCACAGUUUUAGAGUACGAAGCACCUAUAUACUAUUCUACAAAAGCUUCUGGAUCGCCAACAGCAACAGUCGCGGAUGAUACUAAAGAUAUUGAUGCAAAAGAAGAGUUGAAAGAGAAAGAGAACACAGAAAAAUUGGCAGGGAAUCUAGCUGCCAUUGAGGAAAGUUCGGCUCGUUUAAGUGUCGCAGCUGUAGGCAAUAUCGUUGGAAUUCAGGCUCAGGAAAUUGCUAAAGUUGCUGAGAAAUAUGCAACAAUGACGACCUCCGAAAUUCAGGAUCAGAAUUCGACGAGUUCUUCAGCAUUCACCGCACUACAGAAACAGAAGAUCCUACUACAAAAUCGAGUGCGAAAAUUAGCUAAGGAUAAAGAUGAUGUAGCUGCUCAAAUUUCAGAGUUUCACGAGAAAAUUAACGAAUCUCGUGGAAAACGGCAAGCUAUCGAGCGUUCUUUAAAAAAGGCAGAGGAAAUGGGGAUUAACGAACAAGAUAGUGUUUACAAACAUUUGGAGGAAUUGUUGUUAGUACACGACGGUUUGAAGGAGCAGGAACACAAUUUCCGUGAGCAGUGCAAAUCUGAUUUGAACAUUUUGCGUGGAAAAUUACAAGACAUUGAAAGUGGAACCUCCGAGGAGGAGGAAGAUCGUUUGAAAGAGUAUGAGGAACAAAAAGAAGCAGUGAUAAAAACAAGAUUACAAUUGGCCAAGAAGAACAGAGCCAUUGCUUCGUUGACUAGGCAAUUGGAUGACGUCCCCGGUCGCUCCGAACUCACGCAGUACCAAAGACGCUUUAUGGAGCUUUAUAAUCAAGUUUCAGCCAAACAUAAGGAAACGAAACAGUAUUAUACAUUGUACAAUACUCUCGACGACACAAAACUUUAUUUGAGCAAAGAACUGUCGUUGUUAAACUCUAUUCAAGAUAAUUAUAACGAGGCAAUGGCGUCAACUAGUGGCAAGGAACAAUUUUUAAAGCAAUUCGAUGCGAUUGUCGCUGGCGUGAAACGCAACAAAGCAAAAGUGGAGAAACGGUGUGCAGAUGAAAAAUACAGAAGGGAUGCACUUAGUCGUAUUCUCGCGUCUUUGAUAGAACAGCAACGGAAAUACGUGGCUGCUGUUAGGCAACUGACUAUUGAAUGUCGCAAGAAUGAGGCCUUACUCGCACAACUGCGUGGUCCGUAAUAAUUAUGGUCUUUUUACUAUCUAAAAAUGCUAUCCUACAGAUAUUUCGUGUUUCAAAUUUGAAAAUUCUUGCGAAAUUAAAUUAACCAGCAGACAAAUUUUUCAAUUAUUUCCAUUAUUUAUUAAAAAUGAUUGAUCGAUCAUUCUAUGAAUAAGAAGAUUGUAUAUUUUAUUAAGUUUAGAUAGAUUCAACAGUGCAUACAUAGUGCAAUGAGAUAUUGUGAAUGACUUGCAUAAUCUCUUGUAUUAAAUCAUCUACAGAUCGGCUAUUGUUGGCGAUUAUUGCUCUUGCGUAUAGAGACAAAAUAAUUCUGAUUAAUCAUUAUUUAUAAAGUAAAGCCCUUUUUGAUAACGAUACAAGUCGAUCAUAUCAUAUCUAUCUAUAUUGUAGAUCUCUGACCUUGAAUAUUUGUGGCUAUAGUUUCAUGCCAACUUUAACUGACCAGAAGUCGAACAAAGGAAAGUCUGAAAUUCUUCUAAUAAAUGUAUCAGUCUCUAUAGUUAUGAUUUGUUUAAAUUGCAAAUGAGAGCAUACUGAAUUUAAUUAAAUCACAAUUUUUUAAAUUUCAAUUAUGGUAGUUUUAUAUUGAAAAUUACAAAAUUACUUUGCAUCGCAUUUCAAUUUUAAGGCUCUACGUGGGUGUCUGCUAUUUUUCAGAUUCGUAUUCACGAGGAUAAUCAGGAAUUUCAGAAAUGUUGUUUCUUCUUUCUCUAUUAACGAAAUAUAUACAUUGUAAAUCGAAA